AAAAUAAGUGUAAUAUAUAUAGAGUUUAUAGAACAUUCUCUACAACAAAAACAGAUUAUAUAUACUUAACAAACCCAACUAAAAUCAAAUGAUGGUACAGCUCUACUACCCUUAUACUUCGCUGGCGCUUUCAACAACUAACCAAUACCCCAUUUCUCUUGAUAUUUAAGAGAAUAGUUGAAGUUUAAACUUUAAUUUAAUCUGUUUGGCAAAAAAAAAAACUUUAAUUUAAUCUAGUUUGGUAGGUUUUAAAUGUAACUAAUAUUCUUAAGACAUGUGUUCAUAUCUAGGAUGAGUUUGUUCGUUUUUUUCUUUUCUUGUGACAUUGUACUUUGUAGUGUUUUCAGGUAUGAGAAUGUAUUCUCCAUCUUUCAAUGUGUUUCUACGAGCAGUUUGAAAAUUUUGGUUGACGUAAGUAUUUAAAUUAAAAACCAAAGAAAUUGCAUGACCAUUACGUCAUCCGCACAUAUAUGUUACAAAACAUAUAUAGCCGACACCUCCUUUUAUCAUCUCCAUUAUAAUUUUCAAUAGAAGGAAAAUCUCCAAAACUCAAUUUUAUUGGGUCAAUAACGUUUUCUUUUUUAAUACAAUAAUUAAAAUAAAUGCAAGGAAAAACAUCCACCAUUAAUACAGCUCAACCCCAGCUUUCUCUCCCCUUUUUUCUUCAAGUUUGAAUAUAUUAACUACAGUCUUUUUCUAAUUUGCUUCUUUUUUUUUUAAAUCGGCCAUACACAUUCAUCAAAUCCAUAUUCAUGCAGCUGUUACAUUAUAUUAUAUCCUUACUCCCUUUUUGAGUGUGUGUGUGUAUGUGCUUAAUUAUAUUCCCUCAUCUCCAUCUCAAUCUCAAUCAUGUUUCCACUUUGAUUCUGAUCUAUCUGGAUAUCACAAUUCUAUAUUCAUGACUUCAUAACCUUAAUGAAGAUCACCAAAGGUCAUUUGGGUCUCCAUCGUCGUUCUUGAUUUUUUUUCUCUGGCAAUGGGAUCCACAAAUCUUGGUCCCAUCACCAUUGUAUUCUUCUUCUACGUCAUCUCUAUGGUUCAUUGCAUCAACAACAUUCAAGAACUGGACGAUCAGAUCCGUUCAUACGCAGCUCGUGCCAAUAAAGGAAGACACACAGGCUCCUUGUACGAGCUUUCACUUCCCGCGAAUCUCUCCGACGUCAAAGCAUCGGUCGUUACGGUCCGUAACAGUAUGUUCUGGAGGAAAGGAGCGAAUUUUAGUGGAGUCUACGUUCCUCCCACGGUCAAAACGACACCGUACGCUAAGAGGAUAGCUUUUGUCUACGAGACUUUCGGUGAUCACUCUUCGUCGGUUUACUUCCGGUUGGCUGAUGAUAAUUACUCUUUUAUUUCACCGGUUAUUGGAUUCACAGCAUAUGACGCGACAAACACGAAUAAUCUCAAAAGAUUGAAUCUCUCGAUCGAUGAAGACAAUCCAAUAUUGAUCACAUUUGAUUCACAUAAUCAAAGAAGAGGAAUCAAAUGUGUAGCCUUGGGAGAUAAUAAUGAGUCGUUGAAGUUCAGUAAUACGACACGGAAUUACAGUUGUGCCACUACGAAUUCUCGUGGACAUUACGCGCUUGUGGCUCCGAACCAAAAACACAAUCCGACAUCCAAACUAGAGCUGGCUCGGAGGAAGUGGUGGUGGAUUGCUUUGACCAUCAUAGGAAUCUCGGUUUUGCAUGCUGCGGUGAUAGGUGUUGUGGUGAAGUUAGUGAGGAAAAAGAGGUUCAAAGAGAUGGAAAGAGAGUCCGAGAAGAGCGAGACGGUCGGAAAUAUUUGGAUUGGUCAGAGUAGAAUGCCCGCGGCAACUAUGGUGAGAACUCAGCCCUGUCUGGAAUAUCAUGAAGAUUUUCCUUCUUCAAAUUAAUUAAUAUACCUUGAGUUUUGUAGUUUUAUUCUCGAAAAUUUACCUUGACUUGGCUGCUCUGUACAGUGAGUUACAUUCAAAGUUUCCAUUUUAGUAACUUUCCAAGUUUGAUAUAAAUUUCUUAUUAUGUUUUGCU